AAAUAACUGUGCUUAAGUUCCAACUAAAGGACAAUUACAUAAUCGUUCACCACUACCAAAUGGAUUACGUAACUCUAGUGUGGCAUGCACUGUAAAUGAAAAUGCACAAACUCGCCGAAUAUCGAAAUUAAAUGGCUACCAAGUGAGAAUCCCCCGCUGAGCUGAGAACGAGCCAACCCGAAAAUAGAGUCAUCAAAUUUGUGCUGGCUUCACGGAAAUUAACCGCCGCCGAUUCGCCACGCUUAUAUACACGGCAAUCCGCCGUGAAGUAGGCAACAAAAUAUAUUUAUGCGCCCAAGUGAUAACAGCGGAACAGGCAACGAAGCACAACAGACGCCACUGACUUUGGCCUAGGCGGAAGGACGAGACAGGACGAGGAAGGACUCAGCGAUCCGGAGAGAGGGGCGGAGUCUGGACAAAAAAGGAAUACGACCACAGCAUCGCCAUGAAGGGUCUGACGGCGUUUAAGGAGAAGGCGACAGGCGUGUUUGGCGGCCUGAAGCCCAAUAUGGAGAAGUUCGAGAUAUCGCAGGGCUAUCAUGGCGGUCACGGUGGCUACGAGGAGAUGGAGGGGGGCGACCGGGAGGGUCGCGGACCGGGCGGUGGCCACGCCUACGACGACGACGACGAUCGGCCCGAUUCGCCCGCCUCCUUCGAGGAGAUCGAGCGACCGCCGCUCCGAAAGAUCGACAAGUACUGCAAGGCGGAGUGUCCUUGCAUGCCGGCCCGCUACACCAUCGCCACCAUGGCCUGCGUGGGAUUCAUGAUCGCCUUCGGAAUGAGAUGCAACAUGUCGGCGGCCAAGCUCAAAGGAGAGCACAACGGGACUGUUUUCAUGAACUGGACGGUCGCCGUGGAGAGCCAUGUGGACUCGUCCUUCUUCUGGGGCUAUCUGGUGACGCAGAUUCCCGGCGGCUUCAUCGCCUCCAAGUUUCCGGCCAACAAGAUAUUCGGCCUGUCCAUCGUGAGCUCCGCCACAUUGCAUCUCUUCGUCCCAUUCGCCAUGACCCUGAUGCACGGUCAUGUGGUGAUUUGCGUGAGGGUCCUGCAAGGACUCUUCGAGGGCGUUACCUAUCCGGCUUGUCAUGGCAUUUGGCGCUUCUGGGCGCCGCCCAUGGAACGUUCCCGACUGGCGACGCUGGCCUUUUCCGGUUCGUAUGCUGGCGUAGUGGUGGGACUUCCGCUUUCCGGUCUUCUAGCCGAUACCGUGGGUUAUCAGGCUCCCUUCUACGCCUACGGGGUAUUCGGAAUCAUAUGGUACAUGUUCUGGAUAUGGUUGUGCUUCGAGAAUCCGCGCAAACAUCCUGCCAUCAGCAUACCCGAGCUGAAGUACAUCGAGAAAUCGCUCGGGGAGUCGGCUCAUCCGUCGAUGCCCUCGCUGAAAACAACUCCUUGGCGGGAGAUGAUGCGUUCGAUGCCCGUUUACGCCAUCAUUGUGGCCAACUUCUGCCGCUCGUGGAACUUCUACCUGCUGGUGCUGUUCCAAUCCUCGUUCCUCAAGCACAAGUUCGGCUUUAAGGUGGAGGAGGCUGGCUUUGUGGGCUCCCUGCCCCACUUGAUCAUGACCACAAUAGUUCCAUUUGGCGGCAUGUUGGCGGAUCACCUGCGUAAGAACGGCAUCCUAUCGACCACCAAUGUAAGAAAGCUCUUUAACUGCGGAGGCUUUGGAAUGGAGGGAUUGUUUUUCCUAUUCGUCGCGCAUUCCUCAACGGCGACGGGAGCUAUGUUUGCCUUGACCUGCGGCGUGGCCUUCAGUGGCUUUGCCAUAUCCGGCUACAAUGUCAAUCAUCUGGAUAUUGCUCCUCGCUAUGCUAGUAUCUUAAUGGGAUUGUCGAAUGGCAUUGGCACACUGGCUGGCAUCAUUGUGCCCUACGCUUUGGAUGGACUUAUCCAGCAAAAUCCUACUGGCUGCUGGACAACAGUGUUUACUCUGGCCGCUUGUGUUCAUUUGGUUGGAUGCACUUUCUAUGGCAUUUUCGCAUCCGGAGAGCUCCAGCCAUGGGCGGAACCGCCAGCCGAGGAGCAAAAGGUGUGGGCACCGCCACCAGGUGCCAUUACCAACACGGAUCCUAGUCAGGCGGGCAUGUUGGGUGACUACAUGAAGGAAACUUCAUUUGGUGCCCCCGAGUACACUGAGCAGAGCCAAAUGCAGCAGUCGAAUGCCAUUAGCUAUGGCGCCACAGGACACGUGGCCAACAAUCCCUUCGCCAUGGCCAGUGGUGGCGCACCACCGAUUGCAGAGGAGGAUGCCCCGCCGAACUACGGGGAUGUUUCCAAUUCAGGGCAAUAUGGAUACACGCAAGGACAAAUGCCGUCCUACGAUCCGCAGGGAUAUCAGCAGCAGUAAAGGGUCACUUUGAGAUAUAUCAUAGCUUUUAGUUGUAGUCGGAAAUCGUUUGACGUUUAUUGUUUGUUCUUGGUGUGCCGUUAAAGAUUCCACCCAUUAUCUCUCCCCAUUUGUUGAGUUCCAUCGCUGAGGGGAUCCUAAAACGCCUUUCGGAGUUUAUAAGUAUAAUAACUACAGAGUAACGAAUUUUUCAGCGAAUAAGGGGAUUCCACAUGCAUCACUAACACAAUGAAACUAUGUACCUAACAGAGAAACUACAUAUGCACACACAGCAAUACCGAUAGCCAUUAACAUUACCGGUAGCCCACAUAGACCCUAAAAAACUGGCCUAAUCGAUCUAUAUAGCAUAUAUACUACUAAGGCCUCGCUUGCGCGAAUUUCUAUUUACAAGCUCCGAAAAUCCAAAUCGAAAAUGCAACACAAGAUAGGGAAAGAACUGGAAAAAUAUAUUCAACACUUGUGUAUAUCAUAUAUCAUCACAUAAUUUAUACGAAGCCUAUAAUAAUUAUAUUUAAAUCGGUAUAAUCGUAUAUAUAUAUAGCCAAAGAUUGUUGUUGAACUGCAAACUGCAAGUUUUAUUACCGUUGAUGAUAUUAUCUUCUGUGUAAAGAGAACAUUUUAAUCAAACCCAAGCAAUUGUUGAUGUUCGGCACGAAUGAUAACCAUAAAAAGUACUAGCUAAUCAAAAAACCAUAAUAAUAUUCUGUUAUCAUAUUAAAUAUUUACGUUUAAUUUGUUUUGUUAUUACAAUUUAAAGAUGCACCGUAGGCUUUUGUGUUAGAAAAACAUGAGCAAGGCAUGAUGUAGGCACUAAAUACAAACCCCUUAAGUAGAUAGCCGUAGGCGCAUAUAACCUCAGACUUGGUCUUCAUAUGCUCACUACAAUAAAAUAAUAAUAAGAAAAAGGAACACUUGAAAUAAAUAUGUAAAAGAUUUUUAUAAUUUUGAUUUUCUUUGCCAAGAAAAUCUACAAAAACAUUUUUUUUACCUUUUAAAAUAUUUCUAUGUUAAAAAAUAUUUCAUGUAACUUUCUUGGCUUGGAAAUUCAAGU